AUGUCAGCUGUCAAUAACACCAAAUUCAACUCUGCAGUGUUCCUUCUCACCGGGAUACCUGGGCUGCAAGAGGUCCAUCUCUGGAUCUCUAUCCCCUUCUGCUUAGUGUAUGUUAUUUCAAUAGUAGGAAACUCAGUCAUUCUGUUCAUUAUAAAAACAGAUCCAAGCCUUCAUGAGCCCAGGUACAUUUUUCUUUCCAUGUUGGCCAUUACAGACCUUAGCUUAUCGAUAACCACCAUGCCGACGAUACUGGGCAUAUACUUGUUUAACUCUAUGGAGAUCAGCCUUAAUGCCUGUUUUGCCCAGCUGUUCUUCAUCCACUUUCUUGCAAAAAUUGAAUCCUCUGUGCUUUUAUUGAUGGCCCUUGACCGCUUCAUUGCGAUCUGUAACCCACUGAGAUAUACUUCCAUCUUAACCCUGCCGAGAAUAGCCAAGAUGGGGUUUGUGUCUCUAGUAAGAGGGGUGGCCCUAGCAUUACCAUUCCCCAUUCUGCUAAAGCGGCACCGAUACUGUCAAGCCAAUGUCCUCUCCCAUUCCUACUGCCUGCACCAGGACAUCAUGAACUUGGCUUGUUCAGAUAUUACAAUCAACACCAUCUAUGGCAUGUUUACUACAGUCUUCACGUUGGGGUUCGACUUGCUGCUCAUCUUCCUCUCUUACGUGAUUAUCCUCAAAACAGUGCUGAGCAUCGCAUCCCAUGCAGAGCGCCUCAGGGCCCUGAACACCUGCGUCUCUCACCUCUGCGCCGUCCUGCUCUUCUACACACCCAACAUUGGCCUGGCUGUGAUCCACAGAUUCUGGAAUAGCUCUUCUCACUUACUUAAGAUUCUCCUGGGAUAUGUCUACCUGCAGCUUCCCCCCCUGAUGAAUCCAAUCGUGUACAGCGUGAAAAGCAAACAUCUUCGUGCGAGGAUAAUCAGGGCAUUCGUCAAGUGA